AAUGUAGCUUACUAGCCUUGCCAACCCAAUAGUUAAGAUCAGCCCUUUCCCCUUUCAGUUGAGCCGUUAGUCCAAAACUUUCAGAUGACCCAAUAAUUUUCAAAUGACGGCAAACCCAACCCAUUUCCGCAGCAACCUUUUUCUUUAAUUAUAUUGACCGCCCCAGCCAAACAACAACAUCUGAUUCAUAAUCAGGCUCAAUUCCAGUAUCCCCACCAGCCUAUUUACCUCUUUAUUCUCAAACAGACCAAAAUCAACCACCUGUGACCUGAUCCAGCUUAAUCCCCUUUACCCCCUUUAUCUUCUUCUCUUCAAACCAAGGGAAAACCAAAAACAGCUGUAAUACUACGACACCACCACCUUUAUCGACAACACAAGCAACCAACAAUGGCAAAAACCCGAAUCCAUCAACCCGAUAACCCGACUCCACCAGCCCCAACCGUUUUGUUUUCUCUCCACACGCGUCAGAAAGACGAGAAAGGAAUCCAAGAAAAAAUUAGUCUCAAAUCUUCUAGAACGAGCCUAGGUGUCAUCCCCAACGGUUUAAUCCCGUGUUUCUCAAACAAGAUUGUACGAUUUUGUACAAAGUUGGAUGAUUUUCAUUGAUUCUUGGAAAGAAUCCGUUUUGCCUAAAUUGUAUUAGUCCAUCUAUCAAAUUUCUCCAAAAAAAAAAUCCAAAGUUGGUAUGUUUUGGGCUCGAAAACGAGGCUGUGAGAGGAUGGGAAUCUGAAUUUCGAAUUUCUCUUUUUUUUUUAAUCACUAGAUUACCCCCAAUUCGUCCCAUAUAUAAGGAUCCAUUGAGUCACUUUGAUGGGGGGAUUUUUUUUGAGACGGGCCUCUCCUCCUUCUUUCUAGGUUCACAACCUUAGAGGUAAAGGGACUCUAACUGGGAGGUUUGGAAAAUUUCGCAGAAGUAUCGAGGGUUUUGGGGUAGAAAAAUUUUAGGGGAAAACUUCUUAAAUUAGGAAAUUGAUAAAGAGGGCUAAGUUCAGAAACCAAAGGGGAAGUUUCCAGAGAAACGAAACAAAGUUUUUAGUAUAGGUGUCUUUGGUUGACGAUCACUUCGUGCUUUCGUGGUCACCGUGUUAAACUUUCUAGUGGUGUUGAAAUUCUUUCGUCAGCUCGACAACCCAUUUUGCUGCUCCGAAACAGGUGAGACCACACUGAAUAUGAUUCAUUUGGGCGCGGCAACAAUUUUUGGGAGUCUGAGCGACAUAGCUUUGAAGCAACAAGAUUUGAUAGGGCCCUUUCUUGUUUCAGAUAAUAAUAGCACAUGUACUGUGAUGAUUAUAUAGCAUAUGUGAUUUACUUCAUCACAGGUAGAUGGGCAUUUGUUUUUUACUUCAAUCAUUUUCAACAAUGGUCUAGAUUCCAUCAUUUUCAUUAUUGAUUAAGAUGACCAAAAAUGAUUAAAAAAAGACUUGACAGGUCAAUAAAUUUUAUUUAUUAAAAUAUUUCAUUCUUCUUUCUUUCUUGCUGUUGGUGGCCUUUCAUGUUCAUCUUUAGCCAACUUGUCAUGAGCAUCUAAAAACACUCACACAAAAGUAGAAGCCUUUCAACUGCAAAACUAUACUACUCUGACAAGAUUUCUUUUGAUCCAAUAGCUUACUCUCUUUUCCGGGGUUGGUUCUAUAGCUAAACUUCAUAUUGGAAAAAGGUAAGAUCAUGUUCAAAGUCUCUUCUUUUCUGGUUUUCUCUACCUUCUACUAGAGAUUUCAUUUUUCAUUACGACUCAAAGAUAUAAUUGAAAUAUUUUUCUUUUGUUUGUAAUAACAUGAUGGGGUUGGAAAAGAAAAUGAUAAAAAUGAUCCCUUCUGUUUGGGGUAGGUCUCUUGUAGAUACUUCUAAGUAGUUUUGAUCCAUUUGGAUUUGUUAAAGUGAGAAGUCAAUGCAUUGUAUAUUAAUAAUCUUGGAAUUCUAAAUAGAUCUAGCUAUUUGAUUCGUCUUUUUGUUGUUCACCUUUCAACUACUUCUCCAUCCUAUUACUUCAACCUGUCCCACAAAAAUAUGUCGAAAGGUAAGAAUAUGGUGAAGGUGUAUUAAUCAGUGGUCUCGGGAUGUGGUGGGAUGAAUGAGAAUUCAGACUUUAAUUUGAGUUUGGUGAUUGCAUGCAAUGGUUUGCCUAGCGGGCUAUGGCUCGUAACAUGUCAGUCUUAGCUUCAGAAUUUGGGGUUGUGACAUGAUCCCCACCGUAGUCAUUAGGUUAAUAGUGUCUAUGUAACUCAACACUGUCAAUAAAACUGUAGGACGACAUCAUCCAUAUUCACAAACUAACAAUCACAAGGGGCCACAAGUGUUUGUUGUACCUAGUCUUACCAUGUAUUUUUGGAAGAGGCUGCUCCGUGACCUCCUAACAACAACUUUAAUAGUUACUGUUCUGAUUGUUGUAGUAGAAAUUGGCAAUGUUAAAAGAUGUCUACAGUGUUUUAAUAUAAUCCAUAUCACUUGUAUAAUAAAUAGCUUACUUGUCUAUCUUACACCAGAUAUUUCAUUUUUCAUAAUAAAUAUAUUCUUGGAGUUGGAUCUAGUGUGCUUACCAGAAUGUAGAGGAGAGAUAAGAUUGUCCAGAGGAUUUCUAGUUUUCUCUAUCUUCUACCAGGGAUUACUAUUGCUAUGUAAUUUUAUUUUUUAUUUUUUGGUAACAACUGUGAAAUAUUACCAUUACUCCAAAAUUUCUCUGAUUUUGUACAAACUAAAGAGCACCUGUAAGUUAUGAGGCCUCAGGACAUGCUACCAAAGAAAAACAAAACAACUCCUACAGGCAAGGUAAACUCAAUCUUAAUACUAGAAGAACUAUGAGAAAUUAAACACUACCCACAACCCAGCUUGAGCAAUACAUCUUUUACAUUCUCAACUUUUUUAUUUGCUUGCAGUACUCCCAACCUAUCCCUCACCUCCUCUUGAAUUUGUGUGAUCGUGAAUUGUGUGUUUACAUGUAUCUGUCGAAAUAUCCUCCAGUUCCUUGCUUUCCAUGUGUGGUAUAUCAUGGCCCCCCAAACAGCCACCAUUAUUUCCUUCUUCAUUUUUCUCCAUUUUCUCUGUCCCCACCAUAUUAGACUAUUAGGUACAUCCCUAUUGACCAUAUGCACACCCAUCCAUUGUGAUACCCAUCUCGAACCUCAGUAACCCUAGCACAUUCAGCAAACAGAUGUUGUGGAGUUUCUAACACACCUGCGUUACAUAGACAACAAUUCUCCUCUUCUACGGGCAUUUUCAAUCAUAGCAUCCUAGCCUUGUUUAGUAGCCUAUUUUGGUUUGCUAACCAAAUAAUGAAUCUGUGCUUUGGCUGCAUAAACCUUUUCCAUACAAGAUUAGCUACUCUCAACCUGUUAUGCGUCCCUAACAUUUCAUUAUAGCUCCUUGUUACCGAGUAAAUCCCAUUCUUUGUUAGCUUGUACCUCGUAUCCUGAUACCAUCCAGCCAUAUCCUUUUUUAGAGCCAUUAGCUUCCUCCAAUGCCAACUACAAUCACCUAGAGGAUUGUGUCCAUACAUUCAUAUGUUGUUUUAUAUAGACCCCGUGUACCCAUCUAACCCAUAAAACAUCUUGUUUCUCUGAUACUUGCCACAACAAUUUACCCACUCAUGCUUCAUUCCACUUCCUACACCUUUUUACAUUGAGGCCACCAGAUUUCUUGGGUAUACAAAUCUUGUCCCAUGCCACUAAUGGUGUUUUCCUGCGAUCUUCUGAACUUCCCCACACAAACUCUUUACACUUCUUGUCGACGGCCUUUAACAUACUUUGUCGAAGAAUAAAGACAGCUCCCCAAAAAUUGCAGAUGGAGAAUUAGACUACAUUAACUAUUUGUAGUCUACCUGCAUAGGAUAGUUUCCUAGUAUAAGCAUGAUUUAUUCUAUCAAAGCUGGUGACAUUCCAUUUUUCUCUACUUCUUGGAUGUUAAUGGCAAACCAAGAUAUCUUAUUGGUAACUGGCCUAUAGACAAUCCUGUCUAGACCUCUUCUGUUAUUCCAGCCAAGAAUAUGUUUGUCUUCUCCACAUUAGCCAUUAGCUCGGUAGUUUGACUAAAGUGAUCUAAAGCCUCCAAUACCCUUUGAAUAGACUUUACCUCUCCUUUAUAGAAUAUCAUGAGAUCAUCCGCAAAAAUUAGGUGUGUCAACCUGAGUUCCUGUCACAUGGGGUGAAAUUUAAAAUCAAAAAGUUCGCUCAUUUUCCUGAGUGUUCUAGUUAAGUACUCCAUCACCAAUACAAAGAGCAAAGGAGAUUAUAUCUCCUUGCCUAAGAUCCUUCUUCCCUUGAAAGUAUCCAUGCCCAUCUCCAUUAACCUUAACUGACAAUCUUGUUGAAGAUAUACACAUCAUAACCAUUUGAACAAAAGAUUGAGGAAAUCCAUAUCCCUUCAAGACCUCUUCUACAAAUUUCCAACUUACCAUGUCAUAGGCUUUCCACAAGUCGAUCUUCAUCAUGCAUGUUUUUCUCUUGUAAUGCCUCAACAAAUCAUGGCAUAUUAGAACAUUAUGUACUACGGACCUCCUCUUUACAAAAGCAGUUUGUUGAUCUAAGACUAUACUUGGCAAAACUACCUUAAGCCUUUCAAACAACACCUUUGAGACAUACUUAUAUAAUACAUUGCAACAUGAUAUUGGCCUAAAUUGUCCUGCUAUUUAUGGUACUUUCACUUUAGGUAUAAGUGCAAUCAUAGUAGCAUUCAUCUGCUUUAAUAAUUUGCCAUUCCUCAAGGACUGUAGCACCGCAUUAGUAAUAUCUUUACCUACAAUACUCCAUGCUGCCUUGUAGAACCCACUACCAAAGCCAUCUGGUCCCGGACUCUUAUUGGUAUCAAUUCUAAACAUGGCUUUUUUAACCUCUUUCUCUAUAUACCCCUUUACUAGAUCCAACUACUGCUCUAAAUAGAGUAGUUGUCCAUAUCUAAUAAAGCUUCUCGUUGUUGCGAUUCUUCUGACAUUCAUAUCCAACAACUCCUGAUAAAAAUCCACCAUUACUUUGGCUAUACCAUCUGGUGUGUUUUGGGUCACUCCAUGCUUGUCCUUUAUCUGCAUUAUUGCCUGCUGUAGAUUCUUAUGUUUAAUUACAGAGUAGAAAUAUUUUGUAGUGUCGUCACUAAGUUGAAUCCAUGUGGCUUUGCUUCUUUGUUGUAAAUAUAUUUCAGCAAGAUACGAAGACCUCCUGAAUUUGUCAUACUUCUCCUUUUCCAUUUGUUUCAGUCCUAGGUUAUUAGGAUCAUUAUACAGGGCCUGUUGUGCUUCAUCUAGUGUGUCUCUAUCCUCAUCAACCACCUUAAGGAUGUUAUUAAAAUAUUGCUUAUUGAGAUCCUUUAAAUGUUGUUUUAAUAACUUCAGCUUCUUCAUCACUUGAAACAUAAGGCAUCCUUUAAUUUCUUGUCUCCACACUGCCUCCACCUUUUCCAUAAACAUUGGAUGGCUAGCCCACACAUUGCAAUACUUAAAUUGCCUGUUCUUUCUACUCCUUGUCGUAAUCUGUUCAAUUUUCAUAGGACAACGAUCACUGAUGCCCUCAUUCAUAAAUAUAGCAGUGUAGUCAUGCAUCCUGUUUAGCCAAAGAUUAUUCACAAACACCCAAUCAAUCUUGGAAUACACUCUAUCAAUGCCAUUUUUGUCACUCCAAGUGUAUCUAUUUCCCUGAGGAGGUAGCUCUAGCAGCUCACAAGUAGUAACACAUACAGGGCUUCCCCCUUUUCUAUCAUCCAAGUUAAGUAUUGAAUUAAAAUCCCCCAUCACAAGCCAUGGGUCAUUACAUCCCAUCCUUAACAUCUCCAGGAACUUCCAUAGCUCCUUUCUUUCUACUCUACUAUUCAUACCAUAUACCAUAGUCAAUAGAAAUGGCACAAGUUUACUAUUUUGAGUCACUUGACAAGUUAUUGCCUGAGCAUUACCACUUAACUCCACCACAUGGUAAAUAUCUGGUCUCCCAGACAACCAGAUUCUACCAUUAUAGUGGUAUUGUAGGUUAGUUAUAUAUUCCCAACCACCAAACAUUGUCCUUGCAGUCUCUUGUAUAUUGCCAACCUUUAUUUUUGUCUCCACCAACCCUAUUAAACCAACCCUCUCUCUAUUGCAAAGGAUAUUUACCUCCCUUUGCUUACUGGGGCUAUUUAGACCCCUAAUGUUCCAACAUAAGAUGCUAUCCAUUCCCUUUACUGGGAAUCGUUUGUUUCCCUCUAUUGUACCUCCCUUUCCCUGUAUUUGUAGACUGUUUACUGUGUCCAACUAUACUUUUAUUCUCCUGAUGUAGUGCCAGGAAUGCAUUCUUACCCAGCUUUAUUUGCACUUGCUUUUGAUUCCUUUAUUGAGCUGCAGUACCCUUCAUUGUCUUUACUGGUGUAAUCCACUUCGUUCUGACCAGCUUUCUGUGAGAACUAGGCCCUCCUUCCUCCACCGUUGCUGACUUUUGUAACAUUUUUUCAUUCCCUCGAGCUACAAUAUCUUCCUCCACUAUUUGAUCUGUCUCUCCAGUGCCCUGUUCGUCAGUUAAUUUUUGAACUGGUUUCUUUUUCCAACAGUCAUCUUCAGCAUGCCCGUACUUCUGACAGAAUUUGCAUAUGAUAGGUCGCCACUCAUAUUGUACCUUUUGUUCAACCAGAUCACCUUUCUCAUUUCUAAACAUCACCUUCUAUGGCAACUCACUGUCAAUAUCUACUUCAAUAAGUAGCUUAGCAAAUUGCAACCCCUGUUUCUUCUCGGUGUGACUGUCCACCAUUAACGGUAGACCUAUUAAACUUCCAAUCUUGCUCAGACCAACAGGACUCCAAUACUUUAAAUCUAGUCCCAGUAGUUUCACCCAAAUUGGCACCGAUUGAAGUUCUUCUUUAGUAAACUCCAUAUCCGGAGAUCAUGCCUUCACAAUAAACGGCUUAUUGUCAAAGUGGUAUAUACCACCUUAUAUUGCUUCAUCUUUACCAUCUGCCGAGUUGAAUUUAACUAGAACAAUUCCAUUUUUCAUUGUUACGACCUUGUUAAUUCCCCACUUCGACCAUAUCCGUUGUAUGAAUCCAUUCAAAACUGCAAAAGGGGGAUGUGCCCCUAACACGUAGCAUACCACAGAAUUUUUCCAAAAUUCAAUCUCAGUACUAAUGUCACCCAUGUCAAUUGAACAAACAGGUGUUGUGCCAUGUACUGUAGGCGCAACAUAUUCAAGCUUAAACCCCGCAUUAGACAGCUUCGUGAUAUCGAAUUUCUCCCAGAUUGAUGGUUUCCGCACCAGCUCAUCCUCAGCUUCAACCUCGUCAUCCCAGGACCUGCGGCUAUUUCCACUACAUACUGCUGACCAUUCUUCGCUCAAUUUCUGUGCAUCCAUUCGUAACUCCUCCCUAGGGGUUGUAGCUCCCCUAGGUUGUGAUCCUACCUUUGCUACUUUCUCCUCUUCAUUAAUCACCUCAAUUCCCUUUCCUGCUGAGCCAUCCUUCGAUUUUGAGUUUGCAAUUCCAUGACCUUUCUGUGAAUUGUGCUCUUAGCAGGGGUAGAAGUCCCUACCACUCUUCCUGCAUUCCUUUUCUGAGUACCACCACCUUUUGCCGUUACUCCCUGUGCCAUUAAUGCCUUCUGUGAGGGGAAACGAGCUCUCUUUCCCAUGGAUGCGCACGUUAUGCUAACUUGCGCUCAGAGAGACUCAUAUCCUGCGCUACUCCCUAUGUAAUUUUAUUCUCCUCAAAAACUUUUUAUAUAUCAGACCCUCAGAAUUUGAAAGGAAGAGAACUUGAAAGACGCCUACAGUCACAGAAAAUGAAGGAGAAAGAGAAAACAACUUUGUGGUGUCUUUUUCUGCUCUUCGCAAGGACGUUGUCAAUGUUCUGGAUUUCAUGGAGAGGUUAAAGAAUGAAGAAGAUCAAAAUGCUGUUGGCAUGGCCGAUCAAAUUGAAAAGCUGUGGCAUGGCCGAUCAAAUUGAAAAGCUGAAACGUCAUCUGGCAUUUAUUUGUACAUAUGUCCAGCUUUCUCAUUGUGAUUUGGAAGAGUUUGACGAUGAAAUGGGCGAUGAUUCAAGACAAGAGGUUGAGAAUCUUCUUGAACAAAUUUUGGAUGAGGUUGACAACAAUGUCAGGCGUAAAUACAACAUGGAUCAUGUCCUUCCAAGCCUCAUGGAUAAUAUCGAUGAUUGUAUCAGCUCGUGUUAUCAUUCUACAUCAAGUGCCACCAUGACAGAGUAGCAGUUGAACUUCCUCCUCCUGAAUCUCCAGUGUCUAUCCAUGUAUCUUGCUGAACAUAUUUUUCCAUUAGAGAUUCUGUAUGAGAUUCUUAAGAAUGUGUCUGGUAACAUGAAAGAUUUCCAUGGGCUGACAGUAAAUGGUUGCGCUGAGCACGAGAUUGUUGAAUAUGUCUUGCCUCAGCUUCAAUCUAUGGCUGAGAGAGUUGGACUCUUCCUUUGGAAUGGUUGAACUGGUGGAGACUCUCGACUCUUCAAGCUAGCACAUCUACUCAUGAAGAUUAUUCCAAUUGAACUGGAGGUGAUGCACAUAUGUUAUGCAAAUUUAAAAGCUUCACCAUCAGUUGAAGUUGGACGCUUUAUCAAGCAGCUCUUAGAAACCUCUCCAGACAUUCUUAGAGAAUAUCUGAUUCAUCUACAAGAGCACAUGGUAACAGCUAUUACCACAAGGACUCUAGGGGCUCGAAACAUUCAUGUCAUGAUAGAGUUCCUAUUGAUUAUUCUUACUGUGACCAAGGGCCUUAUUCAUCAUGACAAAUUAUUUGAUCUUUUGGCACGUGUUGGAGCACUUAUCAAGGAGGUAUCAACUCUCGUUCCUGACUUGGAAGAAAAAUCGAGGAAUGAAGAGAGUACCGAUGAAACAAGACGUGCAACUCGAGACUUGCUGGAAGAAACCAUUGAACUCGUCAAGGAUGAUCUAAAAUAUGUUUAUAUGAAAGCCCCAGACCCAUGUCAAUGGUGCUUCCCCAUGAGUGAUGGACCGCUCUUUAUGCAUAUGCUACAGAUACACUUAAAUGAUUUGCUAGAUUCCAAUGCUUAUUCAAUUUCAUUGAUAAAGGAAGAAAUUGAGUUGGUGAAAGAACACCUAGAAUUCAUAAGAUCAUUCUUCGUGAAUGUUGAACAAAGACUGUAUAAAGAUCUAUGGGCACGUGUGUUAGAUGUUGCAUAUGAGGCAAAAGAUGUCAUUGAUUCAAUUAUCGUAAGAGAUAAUGGGCUCUUACAUCUUAUUUUCUCACUUUCCAUCACUAUAAAAAUGAUCAUCCUUAUCAACGAAGAUGUCACCCAAUUACUGGAGAAAAAGAGCCUCAUUGUUGUGAACUCUCCCAUGAAUCCAGAUGAAAGAAAGUCAUUGACAACUGGUAAAAUAAUUGUAGGUUUUGAGGAGGAGACAAACUGGUUAAUUACUAAGCUCACCAGAGGACCGAAGGAUCUAGAUGUCGUUUCAAUCACUGGUAUGCCCGGUUCGGGAAAAACUACUUUGGCAUACAAAGUAUACACUGAUGAAUCAGUUUGUAGUCAUUUCGACAUUCGUGCAUGGUGCAGAGUCGACCAAGAAUAUGACGAGAAGAAGUUGCAGGUGAAAAUUUUUAAUCAAGUUUCUGGCUCGGAUUGGAAGUUCAGCAAGGAAAUUGAUGUUGCUGAUAAGCUGCGGAAACAAUUGUAUGGAAAAAGGUACCUAAUUGUGCUGGAUGAAGUGUGGGAUACGACUACAUGGGAUGAUUUAACAAGACCUUUCCCUGAAGUUGAGAAAGAAGGAAGAAUUAUUUUGACGACUCGACAAAAGGAAGUGGCUUUUCAUGGAAAGGGCAACACUGAUCCUCUUAACCUACGAUUGCUAAGACUAGAAGAAAGUUGGGAGUUAUUAGAAAAAAGGGCAUUUGGAAACAACUGUUGCCCAGCUGAACUAUUGGAUGUUGGAAAACAAAUAGUCCAAAAUUGUAAGGGACUUCCUUUGGUUGUUGAUCUGAUUGCUGGAGUCAUUGCAAGUUUGGACAAGAAAAGGGUUGUGUGGCUUGAAGUUCGAAAUAAUUUGAAUUCCUUCAUUUUCGGCAGUGAAGUGGGUGUGAUGAAGGUUAUAGAAUUAAGUUAUGACCAUUUACCUCAUCACUUGAAGCCAUGCUUUCUCUACCUUGCAAGUUAUCCGAAGGACAGUGCAAUGGAUAGAGAUAUGUUGAAAAUGUAUUGGCGUGCUGAAGGGUUUGUUGAACAGAUAGGGAUGAAGAGUGUGGACGAAGUGAUGGAAAUUUAUUUGGAUAAUUUAAUUUCCGGUAGUUUGGUAAUUGCUUUCAAUGAGAUAGGUGGUUACCCUACUUACCAACUACAUGAUCUUGUGCAUGACUUUUGUUUGAUAAAAGCAAGAGAGGAAAAGUUGUUUGGCCAGAUAAGUUCAAGUGAUCCAUCUUCUUCUUCAGAUAUGAUGCAACGUAUUGUGGACAUUUUUUAUGAUAAGGAGCACUUUGAGGAUAACUAUUUCAUCCUGUUUAGUUCAAAAAUGAAAAGGCAUUCUGGUAAACACCUCUAUUCUUUGGAGAUAACUGGAGACGAGAUGGAAGAUCGUCUUUCUGAUGCAUGUCACCUAAGAGACUUGAGGCUUCUUAGAGUGUUGAUCCUGGGAAGCUCUUUUAUGAUGGUGAAAGAUUCUUUGCUGAAUGAAAUGGGCAUGUUGAAUCAUUUGAGGUGCUUAAGCAUUGGGACAGAAGUUAGAUCUCUGCCUUCAUCGUUCUCAAAUCUCUGGAAUCUAGAAACCCUGAUGGUUGAAAACAAAGGAUCAACCUUAUUCCUAUUACCGAGUAUUUGGGAUCUUGUAAAGUUGCGACUGCUAUCCAUGAUUUCUUGUUCUUUCUUUGAUUUGGAUACAAAUGUACCGAUACAGAUAACAAAGGACUCAAAGUUAGAGAACUUGAGAGUAUUAGAGAACCUCAUGCUUUCCUAUUCCAAAGAUAUAGAGGAUAUUUUCAUAAGGUUCCCCAAUCUUCAAGAGCUUGUAUUUAUUCUCAAGGAAUCAUGGGAUUAUUCAACAAAGCACUAUUGGUUCCCGAAAUUGGAUUUCCUAACUAAACUAGAUUUCCUCAGAGUAGAUUUUGAAAGUUCAAACACAAAUGACAGUGGGCCCUCUGUAGUGAAAAAUUGGUCGUGCUAUUUUCACUUGCCUUUGAAUUUGAAAAAAUUGUGGUUGUAUAACUUUCCUUUGACGUCCAAUUCACUAUCAACAGUAGCAAGACUGCCCAACCUUGAAGUGUUGUUCCUUAUGAGAACAAUCAUGCAAGGGGAUGAACGGAACAUGGGGGAGGAAGACACCUUUGAGAAUCUCAAGUUUUUGUAUUUGGAUGAAGUGACUCUUGCUACAUGGAAAGUAGGAGAGAAUACCUUUCCCAUACUUGGGAAAUUUGAACUGAGGGGAUGUCAUAUGCUUGAGGAGAUUCCUCCUAGUUUCGGCGAUAUUUGUUCGUUGAAAAUCAUCAAACUUGAAGAGAGCCCUCAACUUGGAGUUUCUGCUAAGAAGAUUAAACAAUACGUUGAAGAUUUGGGAGGGGACGAGCUUCAGGUCCUGGGCCCGAAUAAUAUGCCGUUAUUCAAGUAGCUCUUAAGAACCACCAGAACAGGUUCUUCUCUAUUCUUUUGUUUCUUCUCUUAUUGUUAGUCUCAACUGCACUGUUUGUUUGUGAACUUUCAUCACACUAAGCUUAAGGUAAUUAGGAAAAUCAACAGGGCUUGUGUGUGUGUAAAUUAACGUAGUCGGAUAACGUUUUGUGAAAACAUCGUGGGAUGACAUUAAUCAAUAUUUGUAUGACUAUAUAUGUUUCUUUCUUCAGUUUCUUGUAUUCUUUCUUGUUCCAUCUUAUAAAGUUUUAUGCACAAUUUAUACAUCAGAUCCUGAGAACAUUGAAAGGAAGGGUAGGAUAAGUUACUUUGGAACAAUCGUGGAAAGAGGAAAAGAAAAUGAAGGAGUCUGAGAGAAGGAGAAAACAAACAACUCAUCGGUACGUCUCUAUUUGAAACAAUCAUGGAAUCGCUAACUCUGAUAUGAUGAGCAAGAAGUAAGUCAAACAAAAGGUACUGAAAUCAUUGAGAAAUUCCAAUGCAACAAGAAGUGGGAUAUUUGCGUGCAAAGAGUUUGAAUUGUGAUGCUGAGUGGUUGAAUUUUGAUACUGGGGCCUACUUUUCUGGCAUACAGGCUGAUCUUGAUGGAGUUCAGAUAAAUGUGCAUUAUGCUUUUGGGAUGGUGGUGGUUAUGUUGAAGAAAUCGGUCUUGAGGAUAUUACCGCCUAUCGUAAGGACCUUGAGGCCUUAGGGCAUUUCCUUAUGCGCAAGAACCGAAUGAAUCCUUGACAGAGCAAGGCCUUGUAGCUAUCUGCGCGGGCUUCCCUAAGCUCCACUCAGUUCUAUACUUCUGCCACAAAAUGACAAAUGCCGCCUUAGUUACUAUUGCAAGGAACUGUCCUAACGUGAUCCGAUUUUGUGUGUUUAGUCAAGCCUCAGUCUCCUGAUUACCUAACCCUUGGACCGCCGGAUGCUGGUUUUUGGGCCAUCGUCCAUCACUGCAAGGGAUUACGACAACUUUCCCUUUCUGGUCUCCUACAGAUCAUGUGUUCUAUUACAUCAAGGACCAUGCUAAGAAUCUGGAGAUUUCAUAUAUCUAGGCCUCCACAGCGUCCUCUCCUUGGAGAUCAAAGACUGCUCCUUCCGCGACAAGGCUGUUGGUCAAUGCUGCAAGGAUGGAGACUAUGCGGUAUCUUUGGAUGUCUUCUUGUUCAUUAAGUUAUGGAGCAUGUUUGCUUAUAGAUCAGAAGUUGCCAAGGGUUAGGGUCAUCCGGACACGAGACCAGAAAGUUUCCCAAUUGAGAAACUCUUCAUAUACAGGACAGUGGCAGGAUGGAGGUUCGACAUGACUGAUUCCAUUUGGACUGUGGGUGAAGAUCCAGCAGCAUCAACUUCAUAUAGAAACAGGUAUUGAUCCAUGGUUCUACAUAGGAAAACUGCAGUUAUCAGUUCUACGUUGAUCUUUCUCCGCACGUUUUUGCUCGAGCCCCUUGUGUAUGUUUAGCGUGCUGGUUGUAGUCGGCGGAACAUGGGAGCUAAAGGUUAUUGAAGAAGGCUUUUGAACCUCAUACACUAUCAAUUGUAGUUCUUGUCUCGAAAUUCUAAAUAUGUAUUAAGUUUAACACAUUUGGAUCAAUCGCCGGCAUCAAUUGCCACCACCAUUAGCCACUAUUGUUGACCACUAUGAUCACUAGCUAUUACAUAGCCACAAGGACCACCAUCACCCAAUACCACCACCAGCUCCGGUAGGCACACACAACCACCACAGUUAGCCAUCACCACCACUAACACCAUAUAGUAUUAUUAAUUAGUAUUGUUUGGUUUAACUUGACACGGAGUUUAAGCAGAUAAAUAAGAUUUUUGAACAUUAUGGUCUUAAA